AUGGACGUGAAGGACUACGAGAAGCAGCCGCCCCAAGAGUUCACCUCGGAAGUAGCCUCGAGCACGGAUGCCCAGGACGAUACAUACUUCGAUACCCCGGAAGACAGGCGGCUACUACGCAAGACCGACCUCCGCAUUGUUCCCCUCUCUGCGUUCAUCUACUUGCUAUGUAACCUGGAUCGGUCGAAUAUUGGGAACGCGAAGAUUAUGAACAAGGAAGCAGGACAUGACCUGAUGACCGAAUUGCCGAUCUCCCUCAUGAUCUUCUUCCUCGCAUACGGGCUAUUCGAAGUGCCGUCUAAUAUUUUGUUGAAGAAGUUGAGACCAUCACGAUGGAUAGCCUUCCUCAUGUUCGCCUGGGGCUCCGUGACAAUCGGUCUCGGUGGCGUGCAAAGCUAUGCCUCCCUCGCCGUCGUGCGCCUGCUGCUGGGCAUCUUCGAAGCCGGCCUCUUCCCCGGGCUCGUCUACUACCUCACCUUUUGGUACCGCCCUGAGGAGCGCUCCCUCCGCGUUGCCCUCAUCCUCGCGUCCGCCACCCUCGCCGGCGCAUUCGGCGGCGCCAUCGCCUACGGUGUGUCGCAUAUGGACUACCUGCACGGCCUGUCGGCGUGGAGGUGGUUGUUCAUACUGGAGGGCGUACCGUCGGCGGGGCUGGCAGUGCCGAUUUUGUUCUUGCUGCCGGAUUAUCCGGAGACGGCGCGGUGGCUGACAGAGGGGGAGAGGGAGAGGGCGGUGGAGCGGCUGAGCGCGGGCGGGUCGAAGGCGAGCAGCAGCGGGUUGACGUGGGCAGACGUGAGGGAUACGGUGUUCAGUGCGAGGCUGUGGACACACUAUGUGAUCUACUUUGGGAUAUCGGCGCCGUUCUCGAGCAUGUCAUUGUUUGCGCCAACCAUCGUGUCUGGGCUGGGGUACACGUCGCUGAACGCUCAGCUGUUCACCGUGCCUCCGUACGCGGUCGCAUACGUCGUGCAAGUCGCUGUCGCGUACGGGGCAGACAAGACGAAUCGGCGAGGCGCUUCGUCCCUUCACAGCCGCGGCCUCUUCUCUGCUGCCUUCGCCUUCAUUGGGGCCAUAGGCUUCAUCGUCUCUGGCGCUCUGCCCGCCGAUGACUACAAGUCCCGCUACGGCGCCCUCAUCAUCGCCUGCUCCGGCGCCUUCGCCUGUAUCCCGCCCCUCCUCGGCUGGCUCUCCGCUAACGCUCGCGCCGCCACCCGCACCGGCCUCGCGCCCUCCACCUCGGCCACCGGCUUAGCCGUCGCCAUGAACAUCUCCUUCGGCGCGCCCGGCCAGAUCCUCGGGGUGUGGAUAUACAAGGCGGACGAGGUCGCGAAGGGGUACCCGACGGGCCACUGGACGAACGCGGCGCUGCUGCUGAUGGUGAGCGUGAUGUGCGUGGGGCUGCAUGUGGCGUAUGGGAGGAUGAACCGGGGGGUGGAGGAGAGGAAUCGGGGGAGGGGAAAGGAGGAGGCGAGGGAGGCGCUGUUUAGGUUGUAA